UUCUGACAAUAAUUUUUUUUAUCUCAGUGUACCGAUAAUAAAACAAAGAAAAAAAUAAGUUCAAUAGUUAGUUGAUAAAACUUCGAAGAAUUGAUAAAAAAUUGUGGUCGUAAGUCAUGAAUUCUUUUGUAGAAAAGUAAAAACUCAUUCAAAACUUAUAAGCCCCUUCUCCUUCUCCACUCAUGAAAAAAAAUAUCACAUAUUUUCCCCCCUUAGGAAUAAUCUCCCACAAUAAGACACUAAAAAACGGUAGAAGAGACCGGUUAUAAAUACCGUGUUCAAAUUAACGACAACUGUCUUUCAGUCGAAACGAUCUUCAUGUACCAUAGAAUUGCGUUAAUUUACUAACUUGUUUUGAACAUUUAGAAAAAAUGGAUUCGAAACUGUUCUGUGUGAUCAUCAGCGCAAUGUGUGCUUUGCAACUCGUGUAUUCAAGUCCUUUAUAUGAUGAGAAUGAAAAGUUCUAUACACAAGACGAACAUAAUAUUAAACUGUAUUUUGCUCAUCUUUAUCAAUUGGGUCGUAUUUUUUUUUCGGACCUUCAGUUUAUACGAGAACAGAUAGUAAACCACCCAAAUUCCACAAUGAGCGAUUUAGAAACCGAUUGGAAAAAAUUCUCCAAAAAAAUGACUGACAUCAAACACAACGAUAACAUUCGACCUAUUGACCUUUUACUGAAAGACAUAGAAAAAAUUCAAAACGGCAUCGCAGAUUAUCAAAAUAAAGUAGCAUUAAUCAAAGAGAAAACCUCAGAUGCUGAUAAUACCAACACACCAGUUAAAGAGUUGCUUGAAGCGAUGUUAAAAGAAUAAGAUACAAAAUCUGUCAUCUACGUUUGGACUACUAAAUUUUUUUUUUUUUUUAUUAUAAUUAUAUAAAAUCAUAAUUGUACUUGUGUAAAAA